CUUCAUCUUCAUCAAAAUAUUGCAGCAAAAGCAAUCAUAUGGGGACUUUUUCGAGGAGAGAACACAAAGGCAAUAUCAUUCAAAAUAGCAACUGCUAACCACUAACUAGCGUAGUAAAUAAUUUGGGAGUUUAUCUCAAAAGUGUCAUAGUAUAGCACCAAAGAGUCUUAUUGAAAACGUAUAAUUUUUCGGACUUAUCAUGGAAACGGAAAACUCAUCUUCAACGACUGGUUUAAAAACCAUGCAAUUGAAUGAUCAAAAGGCUGGAAUGCAAGGAUUAAAUAAAGAAGCCAUUAAUAAAGUUAUUUACGAAGCAUCCAAAGGAACUCCAUAUUUUGCUUUUCAAGAAAAAAGACAGAGAUCUAUUGAUUCUAAAGUUAACGAAUUAUUAGCAAAUCUUAAGAAAAUUAAUGAAUUUCAAAGAAAAGAUUCCUUAGAAAAGAUGUCGGCAUUGGGGUCAGCUUUAGAAGCAGAACGAGACUUGACCCACUCAAUAGUUCACAUCGACAUGGAUGCCUUUUAUGCUGCAGUUGAAAUGUUAGAUGAUCCAGGUCUCAAAGAAAAGCCUAUGGCUGUUGGCUCUUCAUCUAUGCUGUCAACAUCAAAUUAUCAAGCUAGAAAAUAUGGUGUGCGUGCAGCUAUGCCUGGAUUUAUAGCAAAAAGAUUAUGUCCAGAGCUUGUUAUAGUCCCCUGCAAUUUUGAUAAAUACAGAAAAGUUAGCCAUAAAAUAAGAGAUAUUUUAAAAACCUAUGAUCCAGAUUUUAGCCCUGCAAGCUUGGAUGAAGCAUACUUGGAUUUAACUAUGUACAUAAAGGAUAAAUAUCGCAAACAGCUCCACCUUGAAUACUGUUUGAAAAAGAAUUUUUGUGAAUUUUUUUCUGAUGAAGAAAAUGAUCCUCUUUCUCAGUCUAAUUACGAAAAUUGCAUCACUUGUAGCCAGCCAAUCAGUUUUGAAAAAAGGGAUGAAAUGGCCUAUGACAUUGUUGAAGAAAUAAGAAAACAGAUAUAUGAAACUACUCAACUCACUGCAAGUGCAGGCAUAGCGCCAAAUACAAUGCUAGCAAAAGUAUGCUCUGAUCAAAACAAACCAAAUGGUCAAUACCAAAUAUGUUCAACAGUGGAGGCUGUGAAAUCUUUCAUUUCAACUUUGCCUGUCAAAAAAAUUUCUGGUAUAGGUCCAGUUCAAGGCCAAAUUCUAAAUGCAAUUGGAAUUCAUACGUGUGCUGACAUAUGGGAGAAAAGGGACAUUGUUGGUGUUUUGUUCUCUACCAUAUCUGUAGAUUUUUAUAUCAGAGUAGGUUUAGGCAUAGGAAGCACUACUGUAAAAAGUGAUUACGUUAGAAAAAGUAUAGGAGUUGAGCAUACAUUUAAAGACACACAUCAGCGUGAUGAACUAUACAAACGGUGUAUGGAUCUCUGUGAAGAAAUGAUAGAAGAUCUCAAAUCACGUAAAUUGAUGGGUAAAGUUGUGGUUCUGAAAAUUAAGACGUCUAAUUUCGAAACCCAUACAAGAAAUCAUUCUUUAGCAUACCAUACUGAUGAUCAAGAAAUAAUUUGUAAGGCAGCCAAGAAACUACUGGAUUUUGAAAUUUCAGCUAGCGCUCCUCAUCCACUUACACUCCGACUAAUGGGCAUACGAAUGGAAAAGUUGAUGCCUGAAGGGGAACUGCCAAAUAGUGAGAAACAACCUGUUAAGUUGACAGAUUUUUUGCAGGCCAUGUCCACAAAAGUGCCAAGUCCUUCAAAACUGCUUCAAACUUUUACUUGCCCAAUCUGUCAAGAGAAAUAUGAAACGUAUUCUAAAGCAUUUAACGAACAUGUAAACACCUGCUUAAAGGAUAAAAAGCAGCUUCAAACGGUUAAUCAAGCAGAGCAUGAAAACACUGAAAGUCUAGAGUUAAACAUAUCCACAAAUAUAUCAACAGCUAAUAAUUCUGUUGCAGAACUUUCUGUUGAUGCUUCUGUUCUAAGUGAUACAGAUAACAGUGCUGUUUUCAAUGAUUGUUUAACAAGCUAUUCUUGUCCUGUGUGCAUGUUGAAUCAAAAUGUGACUAGCUUAGCCGAACUAAAUGUACACAUUGACAACUGUUUAAACAGAGUUGCUAUCAAAGAAAUCUUAUCAAAUGACAUUGCAGUAAACAAAAAAAGGAAGCUGCACUUCAAAGAAUUUGGGAGCAACAAAUUGUCAAAAAUGGACAAUAAAAUGAAGAGGAUAGAUGAAUAUUUCCAGUGAAAUUUUUGUAUCAUAAGCAAGUCACAUUAAUUGUAUAUUUUAGAGUUAAUAAUUUAAUUCUGUUAUAUUUUAAAUUA